UAUUUAAUGUGUGGAGAAAGAGAAAUACAUAACAUUUUUUUCUUCAUCUAUAAGUUGCCUUCAAAAUUAAACACACAAAGAAAAGCCGAGAAAAAAUCAUGGCAGCUUCCAUGGUGAAGUUGAAGCUUCUGAUAGACACUGAGGGAAAGAGAGUCCUUUUCGCUGAAGCCGGCAAGGACUUCGUAGAUUUUCUCUUCGACAUACUUUCUUUGCCUGUUGGAACAGUGGUUAAGCUCUUGAUAGGGAAAAGCUCGGUGGGUUGCCUUUAUAAACUUUAUGAGAGCAUCGAAAAUCUUGAUGAAACCUAUAUGCAACCAAACCAAGAUAAGAACUCGGUGCUCCAUCCAGAAUCUUCAAUAUCUACCACUGAAAUCCCUCUUCUGCUGUCUCAUCCUCACCGUGAAUCAAAAACACGAAAGCUUUACACGUGUGCUACUACGUCUGUCGGAAGCGGAGGAACCGUUCUUGUUUCCCGAUCUACAGGUUCGAAAAUUUUCAGUUCUACUCCUAACAAACAUUUUAAUGUGAGUGAUGUCCCGAACGUGCUUUGUCCUGAAUGCAAGGCAUCGAUGAGCCGCGAGGUAACUUAUAUUUCUCCAGGGGGUGAAAAAACGGAAGCUGUGGUUGAAGGAGGUUUUGUUAAAGGGGUGGUGACUUACAUGGUGAUGGAUAAUUUAGAGGUGAUGCCUUUGUCUACUAUAUCUAGUAUUACUUUCCUUAACAAGUUUAAUGUUAAGAAUUUGACUGCACUUGAGGAGAGGGUAGUUGAUUUUGGCAGGGAAGAGGGUCUGAAGCUGCUGAAGGCCUCAAUGGAAUGCCACAAUGUUUUAACCAGUGUUUUCUUGGCCAAUAAGAGUGGUUAAUAUACCUCAUGCAGUGAGGCUUCUUGAUUUAUCUGGGAGUUAAUUUGAAGCCAUUCUGAUAUUAAAAGCUACCUCUUUUUUUCUUUUUAAUGUUCUUGGGUUAUGAACUCUUCAGUUUGCUCAUCUGAAUAGAGUAUGCUAUGUAAUUUUGCUGGACUUCCGAACUGCUUUGGAUGGUAAUACAGGGAUUUUGAUCAGUUGCACUGCCUAGAUGAUGUUAAUGUAUAGUAAUAAUAUUACUGAUGCUAGUAGAAGCUAAAAUCAAUGAUGAGACAUUUUGCUAAUUAUAUAUUGCUAG